UUUAAUGUCUUGUUUUAAUGUUGUCGAGUCAAAUAUGCAAAUGCGACAAGUUUUGGCUUCCUCCCUUCUUUUGCCUAACGAGUCUCUUCUUUCAAUUAGCUUUCCAUCACUCGGUGUUCUUGACUUUACUGAUCCACCUGCAAUACCAACACCUGAGGAUGUUAAUUGUGCGGGACGUUCUAUAUUUUUUCCUGAUGAAGGAAUUUAUCAGGGUCACCCAAGAAACAUUCGUGCAAGACGUGGAGAAAAGGUCGCAAUUAAUGUUCCAAUCUUCCGCGAUACGAAUACUCCAAAACCUUUUAUUGAAAAGUUUACCGAUCCGGAAGCUGCUCGUGCUGCUCUUCCUGAUCACAUUUAUAUGGACCAUAUGGGAUUUGGAAUGGGACUUUGUUGUUUACAAAUGACUUUUCAGGCGGUAAAUGUUCAAGAAGCUCGUUGGCUUUAUGACCAACUCACAAUUAUUACUCCAGUUAUGGUUGCGUUGACUACUCCUAUUUUUCGUUCUUAUCUUUCUGACCUUGAUUCUCGUUGGGAUAUAAUUUCUGCUUCUGUUGAUGAUCGAACAAAUUUUGAACGUGGAAAAGAACCAUCAGAACUUGAUUCGACUGGAACAGCUCCUGAUGGAUAUAGUUUAUUCAAAAAUAUUCCAAAGAGCAGAUAUGACAGUACUGAUUGCUAUAUUUAUCCAUGUUCUGCGCCUUAUAAUGAUUUACCAUUACAAUAUCAACAAAAACAUUAUCAACAAUUAGUUGAUGGUGGGGUUGAUGAAUAUUUGGCAAGACAUUUUGCUCAUAUGUUUAUUCGUGAUCCUCUACAGGUUUUUAAAGAACGUAUUGAACAAGAUGACCAGAGAUCUACUGAACAUUUUGAAACAAUCCAAUCCUCUAAUUGGAUGAAUAUGCGAUUCAAGCCACCUCCUCCUGACGCGCCAGAAAUUGGAUGGCGUGUUGAGUUUCGUCCAACAGAGGUUCAAUUGACAAAUUUUGAAAAUGCUGCAUAUUGUUGUUUUUUAUUUCGCUCAAAAAUGGCCAACUGCCAACAUACGCCUGAAGGUAAGCCAUGUACAGAAGGACAGCCGCCAGCUGAACCAGAACCUGACUAUAAUACUACAGAAAUGACAAUAGAUGAAAUUGUUAACGGAAAUAGUCAAUUCUCUGGACUUGCACCUUUAAUUAGACAAUUUCUUGAUGGAGCUGAUGUUGAUGUUGAUACACGUUGUACAAUCAAUCAAUAUUUAUCGUUUAUACAAAAACGAGCAAAAGGAGAAAUUAUGACUACAGCUAGUUGGAUGCGAUCUUUUGUGCAAAAUCAUUCAGAUUAUAAGCAUAAUUCUUACGUCAGUGAUGAAAUUAUUUAUGAUCUUUUAAAGAAGAUGGAUGGUAUUUCACGUGGUGACGAACAUUGUGAGAAACUCCUUGGAUGUUAUAAAUCAAAAACAGAUCAACGAAUUCCACAAGCAGUGAGAUUAGCUGAGGAAAAAUUGACAAGAGAAUUGCGACGACAUCAAUAAGAAAUUGGAAAAGUAAAUUUAAUUUAAAUAAUUUAGAAGGUGAAAAAUGACGUUUAAUAUCUU